AUUUACCAUACUGCAUCCAGUCUAGCGCACGCUCGACGCGUCUACGUACUUACAUGAUCGAAACGCGUCUCCCAGUCGCGAAACUCUCCCCUCAACAGACGCCAAUUCCAAUUCUUUCCUUCAAUCCCCCCUUUCCCACAUCCUCCUCCAUCGAAAACGCCAUCACCUUCAUACCGCCACGAAUAAAAAAAAAUGUCUCUAAUCAAAUUACCAUCUCUCCCCGACCCAAUCCUACAUUUGAUCUGCCUCCAUCUCACACCCGAUCGCGCCAGCGUCAACGACCCCGUCCACGGCCAGUCUCACACUUUGUACCGCGCAAUCAUCAAUUUGUCGCUGACUGCGCAUGCGCUCAGCCGCAUUUCAACGGCGCACAUUGCGACCAAUCUGAGUCUGACGCAUGCUUCGCUGCGCUGGACUUUGUUUCUGCGCUCCGCGAGGGAGAACCCAGCAUAUGCGGCUGGGGUUAGAUAUUUGCGGUUGGUCGAAGAUAGCAGCACCACCACCACAAGCAGUAGCAGUAGCAGUGUUGGGGAACUGGAAAAGCAUAAUGGUGCUCCGGAUGAAGUAACGGAAAUGUUCGAGGCGCUGCGGGGCCUGGAAACGCUUUUUUCGUCGUCAACAUCAUCAGCAGCAGUACCCCGUGUGGGCAUGUCGCCUGCGUCCAUCAUCAUCCAACGCCUUGUUUCGCGGGAAAUGGGCUUGUGGAAAACACUCAGGGUGCUGCGCUUCGAGCACGUUGAUGCGCGGGGUGACGAGUCUGUUGUGGAACUCAGUCUUGUUCGUCAGCGUAUGGGGAAAGACGAGGAGAGGGAAGAAGAGAAGGGAAUGACAAAGGCUAACACCACGGGUCUUUUGAUGGGAAAACUCGAUGCCGAGGACGUUGCGAGGUUGCGUUCGAUUCCAGAGGUUAGUGGCGUGCAAGUUGGCACAUGUGGUUUUGGAGACGAGGGGGGUGAAGAGGGGUGUGAAGAGUGGGUUGAUGAAGAAGAUGAUGAUGAUGAUGGCGAGGCACGAGACGAUGACGACAGCGACGACGACUACGAAUACGAGAGCGGAAGCAGCGACUGGGACUCUGAAGAUGAAAGCGACUACGAGGACGACUGGGAGGCCGAGUAUAGUCGCGGCUUUGUCCGUCCCAGUUAA